AUGAAAUUCUCUGCUACUUUGCUCCUAUCUGCUCUUGCUACCUCCUCUGCCUUUGUGGCUCAACAACCUUCUCCUUCCAUCCGAUUGGGAAGCACUGAAAUGUACGCACGAAAAGCUUUCAUCACAGGAAACUGGAAGUUGAACCCACAAACCAAGGACGAAGCCAUCGAGCUUGCUACUGGAAUUGCUAGUGCCGUCACCGAUGACUCCCCAUGCGAUGUUGCCCUCUUUGUCCCUUUCCCAUACAUUGAGAGCGUCCAAGAGACUGUUGGCGACAAAGUGAUUAUUGGUGCCGAGGCCACAACGCCCCAAAUCAACGGAGCUUUCACAGGAGGAGUUUCCCCAGUCAUGCUCAAGAGCAUCGGGUGCACUUGGGCCCUUGCCGGGCACUCCGAACGUCGUGUCAUCUUCAAGGAAAGCGACGAAGAAAUCAACGAACAGUGUAAAAUGCUUAUCGAACAUGAUAUGAACGUAGUCUUGUGCAUUGGUGAAACCCUUGAAGAAUUCGAAAAGGAAUUGGUCGGAGCCGUUUGCGAAAUCCAACUCAAGAAGGGACUUGCGGGUAUCGACAAGAAAGACUUGGACAAGGUCACCAUCGCCUACGAACCCGUUUGGGCCAUUGGAACUGGAAAGGUCGCCACCCCCGAAAUUGCCCAAAGCGUCCACGAGACGAUCCGUGGCAUCUUGAAGGGCAUGUAUGGAGAGAAAAUUGCCGAUAGCACUCGCAUCUUGUAUGGAGGAUCUGUCAGUCCUGAAUCUGUCGAUGGAUUGGUUGCCAAGCCGGACAUUGAUGGUGCCUUGGUUGGGGGAGCCUCCCUUAACGCCGAAGGAUUCGGGCGCAUCAUCAACCAUGAAUCCGAAUAA